ACUUCACUUCCAUUGCCGUUCUAUCGCAACCAGAUGAACAAGCAGUACUGUUCCAGUACUAUUCCUUUCCUUCUUCUCUUCCUUUUCACCGCACUCUUCCUCCUCACAGCAACAAUGGCUCAGGGAUUCAGACCAAGUUCAUCAGAUGCUGCCAAUAGCAGCAGCAACUCCAUCUCUAAGGAGAUGUAUGUGGCUUCGGGAUCGAGCUUGCCCGACUGCACGCACGCAUGCGGGCCGUGCUUCCCCUGCAAGAGGGUGAUGGUGAGCUUCAAGUGCUCGAUCGCGGACUCGUGCCCGGUCGUCUACCGGUGCAUGUGCAAUGGAAGAUACUACCAUGUGCCUUCCAAACUGGGGAGGAGAUUGUGAUGGUGGAUUUCAGUUUUGUAGAAUAAUAAUAAUAAUUAUUAUUAUUAUUAUUAUGCACGAUCUGUUUCUUAAUUAAUUCCUAUUUGGUAUCA